CAAGUUCAAGUACUGAGAACUGACGACAUACUCCAGCUUUUCAGAAGCAGCAGAACCCUAAGGCAGCAAAAGAGCACAAGUCCUCUCGGGUAGAUCAAACUGAAUGUUUCUUUUAGGACAAAAGAUUUCCCAGAAGCACUCACAGCGAGAUGCUGCUCCAAGGGUUCUGGUACCAUGGCCGACUAAAAGCUACACCUCAGAUGAGGUGAGGCACCAGAGGCGACACAAAACCAGCCGUGAGGAGAACCUGUCGUCGGCUGAGCACCUGCGCAAACAAGCCAUUAUGCACUUUGGGCACAGCACACUCAACCUGGCUAUGAGGGGUCUGGACAAAGCUCCUGCUGACCUGUGGGAGCUCCAGGAGCUGGAAAAACUGAACCUGUCGCUCAACUGCCUAUGUCUUCUACCCUCUGAACUAGGAGCCCUGACUAACCUGGUGGUGCUCAAUGUGUGGGGAAAUUACUUGGAAAGACUCCCCCCUGAGAUUGGCCUUCUUCAGAACUUAAAGGUGCUUUUUGCUUACUGCAACCAUCUUACCGAGGUGCCUGAGGAGCUGGGUCAAUGUAUCAAGCUUGAAGUUCUUAGCCUUGCCAACAACCAGCUUACAGGAUUACCAGGCAGCCUGGUGUCGCUGUGCAAGCUGACGAAGCUCAACCUCAGCCACAACUGCAUGCCACACAUCCCUACCUGCAUCUAUGCCAUGAAGAACCUGGUGUUUAUGCACUUGGGUCACAACCUCCUGGAGAACAUUCCUGACCAGAUUCAGAACCUAGUCAACCUCCGGAUCUUGAUUGUGGAAAGAAACCACAUCCACACUUUACCCAGGGCUCUGUGUUAUUUAACCAGGCUGGAGCUUCUUAAUGUGGACUUUAAUGACUUGCAGAAUGUUCCAGAGGAAAUGUACAUGCUCCAGAAGCUGAAGAAGCUGGCCUGCCAUCCACUUGAUAAGGGUCUGCAUAUAAUCCAAAACCCAUUAAUGAAACCCAUCCAGGAGGUUCUACAGGGAGGACUAAAAGCACUCUAUAAUUAUCUCAAACCAGCCUGAGGAACAGCAAGGUAGAGCAACAACAGCCAGGUGUAAACUAUGCUUGUGAAGUGGAUUAUAAUAUUUCCAAAUCAAUUCACCUUUAGUUUACAUGUGUGUCAAAU